AUGACAAGUGAGGAUCUGCUGGAGACCGUUAUCGGUCGUUUUGGAAGAUAUCAAGUGUUGAUCUAUUUGCUGCUGAUGGUGGGUCGGCUCCCGUCCGACUACCAAUUAUCUAACGUCGUGUUUCUUGUGCCAAACGUUGAAUAUGUUUGCAUGGAUGAAGGAGCGUACAAUUUAACUAACUAUUGUCCGUGUGAUAACCCGGUUUAUGAUACAAGUACUAUACACAGUUCUGUACCAACUACAUGGAAUCUUAUCUGUAAGAAACGUCAUCUUGGUAGCUUAUCUCAGUCAGUUUUACAAGCCGGCAUUCUGACUGGUAGUCUGGCUUAUGGGCAUAUUUCUGACAGGUAUGGACGCCGUCCCGCUAUUCUACUUGCAUUCGCAUUACAAUUAUUAUUUGUAUCAACGUCUGCCUUCGUUCCGUACCUAUGGAUGUUCAUUGUUUGCCGAUUUCUGAUAGGAACUUCGUGUGGAGGAAGCUUAAUUUGUUGUUAUGUGAUGAUAAUGGAACUCUCAGGAAUGACAUUCCGACCAUACCUAACAGGUUUAAUAGAAAUUGCCUAUACGUUCAGCUACGCGACACUUCCUAUUAUAGCGUAUUUUGUAAGAGAUUGGAACUAUCUACAACUGUCCACAUCAUUGCCGUGGCUAUUUGUUUUGUUGUAUUAUAAUUUCCUACCAGAAUCCCCUCGAUGGUUAAUUACUAUGGGAAGGAAAGAAGAGGCUGUAAAAGUUCUCACCUACAUUGCCAAAAAAAAUAAAAAGCCAACAGAAAACAUUAAAACUAUUGUUGAAAAGGAAGUCUUACAAUGUAGCAAAGUUCAAAACAAUGCUGGCUCUUAUUUGGAUCUAUUCAAGACGUCGAAGAUGAGAAUGUACACGUUAAUCAAUGGUGUAGUUUGGUUCUGCUGUUCUCACACAUUCUUUGGUAUCAACCAGUACAUUGGCCGUUUACCAGGAAAUAUAUAUGUUAAUGUGUUCAUAUCAGCCGUCAGCAUAGUACCAGGAUUGUUUCUGGUUGUUGUAGCAUCUCUGUACUGCAGUCGAAAAGUGUCUCUUGUGCUGUCAUUCGCUGCUGCAGGACUUACUUUAUUGGUUAUUAUUUUCAUACCCAGUCAAAUGACGUAUACAAUUGUAGGUUUUGCGAUUGUCGGUCAGGUGAUUAAUUACGUAUCUUUUAUUUUGAUAUAUCUGUAUACUUCUGAAGUAUUCCCAACUGUAGUAAGAAAUUCUGCUAUGGGAUUUGUGUCUAUGUGUGCUAGGAUAGGUGGGUUUCUUGCACCCUUCGUGGUGGAUAUUAAUGCAGCUCCGUGGGUAUCAGUUUUAAUAUUUAGUACAGUAUCAUUUUUGGCCGGUUUAAUGUGCUUGCCUUUGCGAGAAACAAAAGGCAUAGUCUUUCUAAAUACGAUAGAAGAAAUGGAAAAGUAUGAUAACAAAAAAAAACCGGUGAGCUAG